CGGACCACUUCCGGCGCAGCACCGGAAGUGGCGUCCGGAGGAGCGGCAAAGAGACGGACCUCCUUCCUGUCCCAAGAUGGCGCCGCCCGAGAAGCCCCUCCGCCUCCUGGCGAGCGGAGACGUCGAGGGCCGGCUGGGCUGCCUCUUCUCCCGCGUCCGCGCAGCGCAGAAGAAGAGCGGGCCCUUCGACCUGCUGCUCUGCGUGGGCAACUUCUUUGGCUCUGCUGGCGACCCGUCCUCCGACUGGGAGGACUUCCGGAGGGGCACCAAGAAGGCUCCGAUACAGACGUACGUCUUGGGUGCCAACAACCAUGAAACGGCACACUAUUUCCCGGAUGCCGGUGGGUGCGAGCUGGCUGAGAACAUCACUUACUUGGGGCGCAAAGGCAUCUUCAGUGGAGCCUCUGGGUUGCAAAUUGCCUACCUGAGUGGGACCGAGUCCAGGCAAGAGCCAGCUCCGGCCCACUGCUUCAGCGCCCAGGACGUGGCUGACCUUAAGGCCUCCUUGCUCUCCACUUCCAAAUUCAGAGGUGUGGACAUCUUGCUGACCUCUCCUUGGCCCAAAGGCAUUGAGACUUUUGGAAAUGACCCUGGAGUUGUCAACAGCAAGACAUGUGGCUCGGAACUGGUCUCUCUUUUAGCUACAACCCUAAAGCCAAGGUACCACUUUGCUGCCUUGCAGAAGGUAUAUUACGAAAGGCUCCCUUACAGAAACCAUGUUGUCCUCCAGGAGACUGCCCAGCAUGUCAGCCGAUUCAUUGCUCUCGCCAACGUGGGCAACACAGAGCAGAGGAAAUACCUCUAUGCAUUCAACAUCCUUCCAAUGGCUUCCAUGGAUUCAGCAGAACUGGUCAAGCAACCUCAAGAUGUCACAGAGAACCCCUACCGGCAGCCUGGGGGCAGAGAGAUUGGGUCCCACUUGCUGCCAGGUGCAAAGGGGGAUGAGCCAGUUUCCCAGUUUUUCUUCGAUUUGAGCAGCAAGCCCAAAAGCAGGAAGCGACAAGGAGAAGGAGGGAGAGGAGGCCGACAGGCCAAACGGCCCCCAGGCAAACCUCCCUUGCCGACAGCUGCCUGCUGGUUUUGCCUGGCAAGCCCAGAAGUGGAGAAGCACCUGGUGGUCAGCAUUGGUACCCACUGCUACUUGGCUCUGGCCAAAGGGGGCCUGACCCCUGACCACGUCCUCAUUCUGCCCAUUGGCCAUUAUCAGUCAAUGGUGGAGCUGGCGUCAGAGGUGGUGGAAGAGGUCAACCAGUACAAGGCAGCCCUACAGAAGUUCUUCAGGGCCAGGGAGAAGAGGUGUGUGGUGUACGAGAGGAACUACCGGAGUCAGCACCUUCAGCUCCAGGUGGUCCCAGUCCCCCAGCAGAGCUGCUUGACAGAAGACAUUAAGGAAGCCUUCAUCGUCCAAGCCGAAGAACAGCAGAUCGAGUUGCUAGAGAUCCCGGAACAUUCUUCCCUUAAGCAGAUUGUUCAGCCAGGGACACCAUAUUUUUAUGUGGAGCUGGAUAACGGAGAGAAGCUCUUCCAUCGGAUUGGGAAGAACUUCCCCCUGCAGUUCGGAAGAGAGGUGCUGGCCAGUGAGGCCAUUCUGAGGAUGCCCGCCCGGGCCGAUUGGCGGAGCUGCCAGGCCGGGCGGGAGGAGGAAGCAGCGGCCGCCCAAGACUUCCGCCAAGCAUUUGAGCCCUUUGACUUUGCCCAGGAGGACUGAGGGCAUGGGCCAGUCCUUCCUCUGCUGUGGCCCCGCAGCAUCCUUCCCCUGCCCUCCAGGGAUGGGCACUUUGUGGAGGGAUGGAGCUUUUCUUGAUGGGACGGAGGACUCUGGCCGCCCUUGGAGGGGGAAAGGAGUAUGGCCAGCCAAAGACACUCUGCUGGGUCCAGCCUUUCCAUGACCAUGAGUGGGGGCAAGUGCGUUACUCUUUCUCACACACAGUCAGUCAUGUGGACCCUCCUCUGUCUCCUCUUUUUGGCUUGGGGCUUCCUGUGGAGUCCCUCCUCGACCCCCACAAGUGCUGCUUGACGGAGGACCCCUGUGGCAACCAGAUGGUGCACCACCCCUUCAAAAGUGGCGAGGCACAUGCACAACCCCCCGUCCCACCACAGGACAGGAAACUUGGAAACACCUUGCCUGGCUGCUGGACGCCACCAGCAUGUAGAUGGAGAGGGGGGAGAUUCCUUUUGAACCUACAUUGGAUUGUUUGGGUGCUGUACCCAUACAAGUGUUUUGCAAGAGAAAUGUUGUGAAUAAAAGACUGGCUCUUACAGUUUAAAAACUC